GUGUUACAUCAUCCGGGAACUAAUGAUUACGUCACCCGUUUGCUGCUGGUGCAUGCCCUUCUGAGCCGACGAGACGGGAGUAGACUUCUGUACAUCUAGCUUGGUCACACUGACAGCAGCUGUCUUGUGUUCGUCGACAUCCGAAAUUUCAAAAUGACUCAGAAGUUGGGGUUUGUCGAGAACUUCGGCUUGAGUGGAGCUGCCGCAGUGAUCUCCAAGACAGCAGCCGCCCCGAUCGAGCGUGUCAAACUCUUGGUGCAGAAUCAGGAUGAGAUGAUCAAAGCCGGACGGCUCAAGGAGCCCUACAAGGGUGUGAUAGACUGCACCCUCAGGACAUUCCGUACUGAAGGAUUCUGGCCCUUCUGGAGAGGAAACUUGGCCAACUGCUUGAGAUACUUCCCAACACAGGCGCUCAACUUCGCCUUUAAAGACCAGAUCAAGGCUACAUUCAAAACCAGCAAAGACGCGUCCUAUACCACGAAGUUCGGCAUGAAUGUCAUGUCUGGGGGUUGUGCUGGAGCUAUGUCGCUGUGCUUCGUGUAUUCCCUGGAUUACGCACGUACCCGUCUGGCCAACGACGCUAAAGCUGCUGGGAAGGGGGCUUCGGAUCGUCAAUUCAAUGGCUUGAUUGACGUUUAUAGAAAAACCAUCAAGUCAGAUGGCUUUGUCGGUCUUUAUCGAGGCUUCGUCAUCUCUUGUGUAGGAAUCAUUGUCUACAGAGGAUGCUACUUCGGCUUCUACGAUACCCUCAAGCCUAUACUGCUAGGGGAGAAGGCGAGCCUGGCCGCGUCCUUCGCGCUCGGCUAUGUCGUGACCAUCAGUGCUGGUCUAGUGUCCUACCCCAUCGAUACUAUACGGCGACGCAUGAUGAUGACGUCAGGGGAAGCCGUCAAGUACAAGGGAUCCAUCGACUGCACCCUUCAGAUCCUCAAAAAUGAAGGCUUUUUGUCUCUGAUGAAAGGAGCUGGUGCUAAUAUAUUGAGGGGCGUGGCAGGGGCGGGCGUGUUGUCUGGAUUCGACAAAUUCAAGGAGUAUUACAUAGCCUGGAGAGUUUCCUAAGUGACAUUGUACAGUGCUUGUCCAAAAGUGCUUGUCCCAAACCUCAGUUGUUUGGCGUUAUUCUUCUGGGUAAAAAAAAAUUCUAUUCCUUUAAUAGCGCUUUAGAAAGGACUUGCUGUAACCUAUCAUGCAUAAAUAUCUGUUUCCAUGAAUAUAUUUCGCCUGGAAUCUGAUAGGCACCCCACAGCCCCACCAAAUUAACCCUACGGUCAUCUUCACGAACUUUUAACCUUAUGACCAUAACCAUGUUUCGUUAUGUGACGUCACUGACGUAUACGUUGAUGUGUGUGUUAUGCUGAAAUAUUGCCGACGUGACUUACAACGUUAACCCGCUCUUUGAACUAAUGUCACGUGAAACAGAAUUGUUUCAGCUUUGGUUGAACUUGAGACAACUGUCCUAUUGUACAUGUUUGCAUGAUGAAAUAUGCUUGGGAUUUCACAACAAAUGUUUUUGUGGUUGCUACCGUGCAGUAUUCGUGUAACAAAUCACAUUUCGCCCCCACCCCCACCCCCACCCCCGAAUAAGCUUGAAAGUAUAGCGUUUGUAUGUAUACCCUUGUUUGAGACCCGUGGGUGGAUCAGGUUCGGUUUAGGGAAGAGUGUUGUGUUGUUCAUAGGCUACUGAUUAUAUAACCUAGAUCCAGCUGAUAUUGUGUUGGUGUUAUUUUAGGAAAAUGUACCGUAUUUGUGUUACUACGAAACAUUUCUCGAAACGUAUUGUCUUAUUUCUGCUGACCAAUACAAUUUAUACAGAA